AUGUCGUCCAAUGCCCACGAACAACAGCCCGAGGAUGAGGACCUCGAGCUGCUCGACGAGGACGACGUCCAGGAGAUGGUCGACGACGCAGACAACGGCGGCGACGUAGCGAUGGACUCGGACGGCGAGGACGAAGAAGUGACGCUGCACAACGACAGCAUCGCAUACUUUGACGGCCACAAGGACUCCGUCUUUGCCAUCGCCCAACACCCGCUGUACCCCAACCUCAUCGCGACGGGCGGCUCCGAAGGCGACGCCGACGAUGCGCCGGGCAAGGGAUACGUGAUCGAUACCUCGGCCGCCGUCGCACCCUCCCGCCCCGUGCUCCCCGCGAGCUACAACGCCGACCCCAACGCUGCGGCCCCGACCCCGCAGACCACCGCUCUCGAGCCCAUCUUUGCCAUCGACGGCCACACCGACAGCAUCAACGCGCUGGCAUUCACCCUCCCGCGCGGUGAAUUCCUCGUAAGCGCCGGCAUGGACGGCCGACUGCGCGCCUACACCGUGUCAGCCACCUCCUCCGGCGGUCAGCCCCAGUUCCAGUUCCAAUUCCUCGCCGAAUCACAAGAAACAGAAGAAAUCAACUGGCUCCAACCCUGCCCCUCCACCUCCUACCCCAACACCAUCGCCCUCGGCGCCUCCGACGGUUCCGUCUGGGUCCUCACCCUCGACGCCACCGACACCGCCAACCCCAUCCGCAUCGUCCAGUCCUACUUCCUCCACACGGGACCCUGCACCGCCGGCGCCUGGACCCCCGACGGCAAGCUCCUCGCCACCGUCAGCGAGGACGCCUCGUUGCAUGUCUUUGACAUAUGGGGCGAAGCCGCCUCCAAGUCGCUGGUCACCGACAACGGCCAGACGGUGGUCUCGCUCACCGAAGCCGACCAGCGGUUCGCAGUCGAGGGAGGACUCUACUCCGUCGCUAUCUCCCCCUCAGGCGGUCUCCUCGCCGCGGGUGGAGCCGCCGGCGCCAUCCGCAUCCUCUCCCUCCCGCGUCUCUCCCAACCUUCUACCACCACCACUUCCACGACGGGUAAGAAACCCACCACCUCCACCACAACCCCCGGAACAACCACCAUCCUCGCCGCCUUAGCCGUACAACAAGACAGCGUGGAAUCCCUGGCCUUCUCCCCGUCCCCGUCUGUCCCUCUGCUCGUGGCGGGGUCGGUAGACGGCAGCAUUGCGGUCUUCGAUCCUGUCCGAUCGUUUGCGGUGCGUCGUCAUCUGCAGGGUGUGCAUGACGGGGAAUCGGUGGUGAAAUUGGAUUUUGUGCGGAAUCCGCCUUCCGGUGCUGCAGCGGGGUGGUUGUUAACAUCGUGUGGACUUGACGGCGUGGUGAGGCGGUGGGAUUUGCGUGGGGCCACGGCGAGUUCAGCGUCUGUGGCGGGCGGGGCGACGGCGGGGUUGGUGAAGGAGUGGAGGGGGCAUCGGGGAGGAGGGGAAGGAGGGGGGGUGUUGGGGUUUGUGCAGGGGGAGACGGGGGAACGGGUGGUUACUGCCGGGGAUGAUGGGGUGGUGUUGGUUUUUGAGGCGUAG